AUGCGCGCUUCACUCACUUUACUCCUUUCUGCCGUCACAGCAACCGGCGUACUUGGUGCAGAGGCUCCCAUCCCCGGGUACGGCGUCGAGGUGCUCCAAUGGGAUAUUGAAGUUGCCGUCGGCAGGACCGAGGUGCUGAACGGCACCGUUCAAGAGGUCUAUGCGCAAGCUCUCCAAAUCAACCCCAAGUUUACCUUGACCAUUGCCGCCGAGGCGAGGGAUGUGCAUCAGAAGCAGAAGCGUUCCUCUGUGCAGUGCGGCAACUGGCCGCUUGCCGAUAAAGGCCGCAUACAGCAGGGCAUAAACUACCUUCGUGGCGCGCCGGCGGCUCCUCGCAAUGGGCCUGGUCCUGGAAACUGUGGUCGCGUGAGCUGCUCGUAUAAUUCCGCCAUUUGGUGGUGCAACGAUGUGAGUACAAGCUUCAUUGACCCCUACAUUCUAUCCGAGACGUGA